UGUUGCGACUUUAGAAAAAUUAAAUGAAUAAAUUCGAAAUUUUGUUUUUGUUUUCAAAUUUGAAAAAAAUUGAUAGUUUCAAAAAGACUUAUGAUUUCAAAAAAUGAAAUAUCUAUGGUGAAAAUUGAAAAAUAACUUCCCAAAAAUGGCUGGACAACCAGAAGAUUUGGAAGAAGAACUGAAAACAGUUUCGAAAAACCUUAGAGAAGUAGAAGCUAAAAUCAGAAUCCUGCAAGAAAAACGCGAAGAAUUGAGAAAACGAAAGGAUCUCCUCGCUGAUACUAUCUCUCUACAGAAAAGCAAAGAACUGGGAAGCGAUAGUAAAUGGGAUAGUGAAGAUUAUCCUUGGUAUCCAAAGCUUUCUCAAAAACUGAAGGAUGUUUUCAAAAUCUCUUCAUUUCGUCCCAAUCAAUUGGCGGCGAUAAAUGCUACAUUAUCUAAACAAGAUGUCAUCGUUAUUAUGCCCACAGGAGGUGGAAAAAGUUUAUGUUUUCAGUUACCAGCUCUAAUGGAAAAUGGAUUUACUCUAGUUAUAUCUCCAAUGUUGUCGUUGAUGGAAGAUCAAAUCAUGACCCUUAAAUCUCUCUCGAUCAAAGCAGAAAUGUUUCAAGCCAGUACAACAGUUCAAGAAUCGGCAGAAAUUCAAAAGAUGAUGAUUGAUGCGAAAUCGGGUCUGAAGCUGCUCUACGUAACACCUGAAAAACUUGCUAAAAGUAAAAGAUUCAUGAGUAAAUUGCAAAAGGCCCAUAGUCUUAAUUUACUCUCUCGUAUUGCCAUCGAUGAGGUGCAUUGUUGUUCUCAAUGGGGUCAUGAUUUCAGAACAGAUUAUCAGUUUCUUUCCGUUCUCAAGGAUAUGUUUCAAAAUGUUCCUAUAAUUGGUCUGACGGCGACGGCGACUACCAAAGUUAUUUUAGAUGUGCAAAAAAUGUUAUCUAUUCAAGGCUGUUUGAUUUUUAAAUCGUCUUUUAAUCGACCAAACUUAUAUUACGAAGUAAGAGAAAAACCUUCCAGCCAAAAAGAAUGCAUCGAUCAAUUGGAAGAUUUAUUGAAACAUAGAUUUAAAAAUAUGUCCGGUAUAAUAUACACUACUUCAAUCAAAGACUGUGAAGAUUUACGACAAGAAUUACGAAAACGAGGCUGUAAAGUAAGCGGAUAUCAUGCCCAGCUAGAGUCAUCUGUUAGAUCAAACGUGCAUCAAAAAUGGCUCAGCGGCGAGUAUCAAGCUGUCGUUGCAACUAUUGCUUUCGGACUUGGUAUCGAUAAACCAGAUGUUAGAUUCGUUAUACACCAUUCUCUUUCAAAAUCUAUGGAAAAUUUCUACCAAGAAAGUGGCAGAGCAGGUCGCGAUGGUAGAACUGCGAAUUGUAUUUUAUACUUCCGUUUCGCCGAUAUUUUCAAACUGAGUACGAUGGUUUUCACUCAACAAACCGGAUUGAGAAAUUUAUACUCUAUCGUCGAUUAUUGCUUGAAUCCUACCGACUGUCGCCGAAAAAUGAUAGCUUCUCAUUUCGAUGAAACUUGGGAAAGUACCGAUUGUAAUAAAAUGUGCGAUCAUUGUGAAAAUACUUUCAGCGCGAAAAAAGUCGAUGUAUCGAAACAUUGUCUUUCAUUACUCAAAAUACUGCUGCAAGCUUUUCAAAACGAUACUAAAUUAACAGCUCAAAUGUUGAUCGAUGUUUGGUAUGGGAAAACAUCGAAGAUUAAAUCAGUCAAUGUGAGUCCUCCUUCGUUUUCAAGAGAAACUGGUGAGAGAAUAGUUGCAUUUUUACUCAUCAACGAUUAUUUAAAGGAAGACUUCCAUUUUACCCCUUACUCAACUAUCAGCUACAUUAAAAAAGGACCCAAAGGAGACUCGGUCAAAAGUGGAGAGCAAAUUGCGAUGCUCGUUCGUGAUAAAAAAUGUGAUACUGGAGAUAGUAGAAGUAAAAUUUCAUCAGAUUCUACGUCAUCGAAAACCACUUCUAACAAGAGAGUCGUAGAAACUACUGAAAAUAGUAAAUGUAAACGCUCAAAACUUAUCUGUUUAGAUGAUAGUGAAAGUGAUUAAUUUAUUAAGUAUAUUUUUAUGUGUUUCUGUACGUUUUCAAUAAGUAAUGAAUAAAAAAAAUGUCAAUGAG